ACUCUUUUAUAAAAAAGAUAUUUGGAAACUUCAAUUCAAGCACUGCAACUCUUGUUGAUUUUACUUUUUACUACUGACAAGCUGAAAAACAAAUGACAAAUUCAAAUAGUUGAAAUUUAUUAAGAGCUACAGGUAGAGCUACUUAUUAGCAAAGUUAUUAGACUACAUGGUCUCCCCACAAACGAACAAACAAGAAACAUUCAAGUCAACUUAGUGAUAGUGAAUGUAUCGCAUUUCAAUAAUCAAUAUAUUAUAUAUAACCAAUGUUCCCUCGAACUUAGAGUUAGAGGCUCUAAGUCUAAGGCCUAAGGUUUGCUGGUUCCUGUGCCAAAUCAUACAGUUGUGUGCAAAGUUUCUGCAAAGUUUUACAGCAUCGAUUUUUUUGUGUGCAAAAUUUUACAGCCCACAAAUACAAACACACACUUGUAUGGAAAGUUACUGCGUGAAUAAUCAAAACUGCUGUGCGGUGUCUGUGAGAUAGCAGAUAGCUGCACGGCCGCGCAGCUUAAAGGGAACAUUGAUUAUAACUUUAUUAUAUAUAUAAAUAUAAUUACUACUAUUUAAUACUAUUAGUAUAUAGUAUAUUAGUUAUUAAAAGUUAUUAGUAUCUUACUAAAUAUUAGUAUUGUUGGCUAUUUAUUAAAUUAUUAGUUAUUAGUAGUAAUUAAUUAGUAUUUCCAAUUUUAAGGCAAGGCUAUUUUCUAGCAGAGACUUACCGAGGACAAUAUAAAUAUAAGUUAUAAUUAAGGCACCAAUAAAAAAAAAAGAAGAUAGAUGACCAAAUUAUAAUGCAAGAUUAAAAAAAAAAGUCAAAACUGAACUUAAUUUAAUUUAACUAAUAGACCAAUUAAUUAAUUAGUAAUUGUGCUUAGCUUAGGGCUUAACUAUUUUGAGACCUAGAAAUCUUUUAAAAUUUGCCUUCACUUUUGUAAUUUAAUUUAAACUCUGAGGCAUAUCUUAAACGAAAACAAUAAUUUUGCAGUGAAAACAUAUUUAUUUAUACAUAUUUUACAGCAUAGUACAUACAUAGCCUAAUACAACACAACAAGUUAAAUUUCUCUGGUCUAGGAUUUAAAUUGGGGAUAUUUGGCUGUUGUCCCAGCCAUUGUUAAAAACCCCCUUCUUAUCUUAAAUUUUUAAAUGUGUUUGGUUUCUAGAAACGGGACAUUUAGGCAUCCCGAGAGACUUUUUCGGGACACCAGGGCAGGGUACAGUCGUGAAAAAAUGGGACAAUUUCAUUAUUACAGGAUAAUUGGUCACCCUAGCUUAGCUUUAACUUAAAGCUGAUGGGAGUGCAUAGACGGCAGGGACAACUGCAUAGAAGUAAUAUUGCUGAUUGACAAUGAUUCAAUAAUGUCAAUGUUACGACAUUCAUUGUAGACAUUCAUUGUGGACUACAAUUUAGUCAUUCACGUCACAUUUUCACAAAGUCUCUAGCCAUUUUGUGUUAGGUCAGUUGUCUAAUACUAAUAUAGACAACUAAUAAUAAUAAUAUUAUGUUUUUAUUAAUUAUUUCAUGGCAUAAGUAAAAAUGUAGGCCUACAUUAAAAUGUGAACAAAAUUAUUUUUUAUUGACUGGGUCAGGGAUUUCUGGGUUUGUAAUACUCCAAAUUUUCAGGUGUUUUCAUGCCAUGUCCAUGUGGUGUUUCUUGCCAAACCCUCCGUAUGCCUCUGCCUAUGCUUUAUAUUAUUUAUUGAUCAUAAUUUAUGCAAAUGGCUAACAAAAAAAAAAACGUAUGUCAAAGACAUAGAUCAGUCUAACAAAUUAAUGCAGUUAUUGCAUUGUUACUAUUUACUAUUUAUUGGACUAACCGUAUUGUAGUGUAGUCAUAAAGACUAACAGUGAGACAAAAACAGUUUUUUUAAAGUAAACAAUGUAUGUAAAGUUUUAACUAUCAUCAGAAAAAAUAUUAAUUUAAACUUUUUUAAGGCUAAUGCCUUCAUCAGUACAACAAAUAACAGUUAUAAAUUGUUUUAAUCAAAUACCUUUUAUUACCAUAUGAGUCAUUUCCAGCUGCUUAAAUUAAAAUACUGUAUGUGAUUGUGACAAAUGAGCCACAGAGUUUUUUAAAAAAUAAUUCGAUUUACAAUAAUUCAAAGUAAUUUUUAAAAAAAAAUUUAUCUAUAGGAAAGUUGCUAGAAAACAAGAUGCCUGUAGCAAGUCAUUGUCUUUUAGUGUUAUAUGGGAGCCAAACAGGAACAGCACAUGAUGUUGCAGAAAGAAUAGUAAGAGAGGCUAAACGAAGGCACUUUUCAUCUAGAGCUUCUGCAAUGGACGCAUACAAUAUAGUGAGUGAAUAAAUCUUUUUUUUUUUUAAAAAGGGGUGAAUUUACCUUAUUGGUAGAUGAAAACUAUUACUUCAAUAAAGGAAACUAAACCUGAAUUUAGCUAUAUUCUUUAUAGCUGUACUUCAUGUUAUAAUUAUUUGCUAGACAUUUAUGACUUCAUCAGUUUAUUAUUUAAAACGUUUAUUUUUUAGCCCAUUUGUUUGUAUCAGCUUGACUUCUCACCAAGCAAAAGCAGUUAAUCAAUUCAUGUUUUUGAUGUUACUUAGGCUAAUCUUAUAGAGGAGCAGCUGGUGAUCUUUGUUUGUUCCACUACCGGCCAGGGAGAUACCCCAGAUAAUAUGAAGGUAUUUCUACAUUUUUUUUUUUUUUAUUCAGCGCCUAAACUUGUAAUAUCAGUGUUUCUGGUGUAAAAUUUUAAGGUCACACAGCUCGCAAUCUUAUUUCAGAAGAAGAUAAGAAAGUCAACCCUUUGAAAAAAUGUCAAUUCUGCCCUAAAACUGUGUUAAUUGCAUUGGAAUGCUACUUCAUCUUACAAUGUCUAUCUUGUUCAUCUUUAAUAUAGAAUUUUUGGAAGUUUCUGCUUAGAAAAGAGUUGCCAUCAAGUUCGCUAAAGAAGAUGCAGUUUGCCGUUCUUGGUCUAGGGGACUCAUCCUAUCAAAAGUAUGUUCAAAAUAAUAAUUCUUUUAUUGUGGGUGACACAGGUUGCUCAAGGGCUGAAAACCAUUGGGGUAAAACGUCUCGUCGGGACUCCAACUGAGUUGAUUUUAUAAAAAAACAAUUAUUCUGUGGAGGAGUUAAGUGGGGCUAGGAGAGAAAAUUGUUGAUGAACUUUGUGAUGAAUUUAAUUUAUAAUGUCAUAAGAGCCAGGAGUGCUCUAAGCCUGGGGGGAGGGGGGGGGAUACUAGAAUGUUGGGCCAUGUAUAUGUUUUUGAAUUUUUUUUGAAGAGACGCCGUGUUGGUAGCUCUAAAUGUGUAAGUUUUGAUUUUGUUGUGGAUGUGGACUUUAACGUCCAUGUGUUGGAAGGUGAAGUUUUUAAUUUUUAAUGAAAAAUGAUGAUGUAACAAAGCUCAAUUGCUCUGAAUCUGUUACUAAAAAUGAUGAUGUUAUAGAGAACAGUGAUUUCCCUGGUUUUGUUAAUAGCCACAAUUUUGAUUGUGAUUUUGAUUUUGUUAUGCUAUUUAAACUUUUAAGUGUGACAAUGUGUAGUGAAGUCAAUUUUGAGGUAAAAGCAGCGAAUUUAAAAUAUUUGUUACAUAUGUUGGUUGACUGUGUGUCAAAAAGCCAUUGUAAAAUGAAAUACAAUCUAAUUGAGAAGGGAGAGUUGAGUUUGGGUUAGACAUUUGCACACAUUCUGAAACAAACAGUUCAGCAAAACAUACCACCAUCUAUAAGAAGAGCUCAAGUAGAUGUAAUAAAAGCUAGCCUCCUGUUUGGUAUGGUCUUUUGUCUUGUUUUUGCAAAUGAAAUUAUAAAAUAUUCAUGUUGAUUAGUUGUUGUUGAUAAUGGUGAGACUGUGUGUAUAUACAUUGAAAUAAGAUUUUGUAUUUGAUUGAUUAAAUCUUCAUGCAGUGGAUAUCUAGCAAAAAAUGAUUAAGGGUUUUGAUGACAUUAAUGGAUUGAAAUAGUCAGUGCUGUUUUGGGGAGUGGUUAUUCCCACUUGAAUAUUUUUGUCAUGUAAUGCAACAUUUCUUGGAUGUACUAAAUGGAAAAAUAGGGGAUUGGGAAAAGGUCAUGUUGAUAUUUUUUUUUAUUAAGAUUCCUAUACGAAAUAGUGAGAUGUAGUAAUACCCAAGAGAGUGUUUUUUGAAUAGUCAUUGCUUUGUUACAAUAGGUAAUGUCAUGAUGACAAGGUGUAAAAUUGUCCAUGAAAACAGCGGAGGCUAAGAGAUCAAUAAAGUUGAUAAUGUCCAGCAUGUGUGAAUAUCAGAGUAAUUUUAGUAAAUCAGUACUCUCUCUAAAGUAUUAGGUGUAAUGGAUUUUUUGUUUUACAAGGAUAUACAUUUUCUUGAGGCUAUUGCACAUAAAAAUAGUAUGUCUUGUACAUGGUUUUGAGAAGAUUGUGAUAACAAGUUGCAGAUGUUGAAUUUGUUUUCAAUGUUUUGGUUUGUCAGAGCGUGUGCAUAAACUAUAUUUAUGAUGCUUUCAGAGAUCACGGUGGUUUGGUUUCGUAACUUAUACAAAAGUACACCUCGUAAACAUUUGUUAUCAAUUUCGUGUGUGACAUCACUAUUGUAAAUGAUGUCAAUGGAGUAGGGAAAAGGAGGGGGAAUUAGUGUUAUGAACUGAUUAUGAUUGCAUAUGGAAUAGUUCUUGAUGAUCAGUUGGUGAAUAGUUUUAUGGGACCAGUUGUCAUUGCUUGGGUUUAUGCAAGGGCCAGUUUUCAUUGGUUGGGUUGUGUGAUGUCAAUAAACAAGCGAGUAGUUUAAAUGGUGUUAUUUUUGCUGGAAAUACUGUAUUGGGAAAUGUGCAAGUCCUAGUUUGUCAGUGGCAGUCAAGAUUAAUGUUAGUGUCAGUGUAGUGAGGAUUUUAUAAGAUGUUUUGUGAACUUCUCUUUGUUGCCACUGUGUAAGUAUAGAAAAUUAUUAUUUUCAACUUUGUGUGGACAAAAUUAGGCCCCAGAAUAGUGUUGUGUCAAACACACAUUCUGCGGGAGUUUGUAACCUUGUGAACACGCAUAUGAAGGAUGUUCGCUACAUUUAUCUAAAAUUGGGCCAAGUUUUUUUUUAAAAUACAGUUUCUGCUAUUGAAAUGAAAGGGAUAAUUGUUUAUUAGUAUUGUGUUUUUAUUAAAAAAUAAUAUGCUGAUCUGACGAUACUAAACAAUAUGAUCUAACAGAUACAAUGUUGUGGGGAAAAGGCUGCAGAAGCGAUUAGAGCAACUUGGUGGUCACCCGAUACUGGCCUUAGGUCUGGCUGAUGAUCAACAUGAUUUAGGGCAAGUCAAAAAUUAUUAAAGAACAUUCAGACAGUCCUAUUACUAGAAUAACCUUAUUUAGUAACUUAAAACAAAAAAAAAAUAUAUAUAUAUAUAUAUAAAGACUUUAAUUAUUUUUUUCGAUACAGGCGUGUUGCAAAGAUAAGUUUUUAAAUUAUUUAUUUAGUUUUGUUUAUUAUUAUUAAUUUUCUGAUUUAAAGAGUCGACGCGGUUGUGACGCCCUGGCUUAAAGACUUGUGGGAUGCAGUACUAAGUCAAUAUCCCUUACCACCUGGCAUAGAUAUUAUUAGCAGUGAUAUCUGGUAAGACCUUUUUUUUGUUUGUCUUUUUAAUACUUCUCAUGUAGUAUUUGGUUUGACAGUUUUUAAAGAUAUCAUGAGGAUUUUUUUAAUGUGUAACAUAUCCAUAAAUAAUAAAAGUUCUUCUCUUUCAAUAAAUUUGUUUAGACUCUUCAGUAGGUUUCCAUGUGCAGUUAUUCUGCAAAUAAAAGCUGUUAAUUUAAUUAAUUUAAAAAGUAUAUUUUUAAUUGAGCCAAAUUUGUAAUACUUUUUUAAAAUAAAAUAAUUUUAAUAUUGUUAGUGUAACCAAUGUUUCAUUUCUUUGUUCUAAUAACAUAAGUGUUAAUGAAUAAUUAUUUUUUUAAAGUCAUUCUUGUUCUAUUUUUAUUCAUUUUUUUCACUAAUUUCAUAUCUCAAGUUUUUUUGUUUUUUUUCCUUUAGCCCUCCUUCAAAAUAUAAAGUAAAAUUUAUAGAAAAAUUUUCUAUUGUUGGAGACGACAUUGAAAAAUAUCAACAUAAUGAAUCAACAGGAGAUCCAAAUCAAAAGAAAGCAGGACCGCUGUGCCCCUUCCAUGCUCGACUUUUAAGUAACAACAGGGUCACUUCUCCUGAUCAUUUUCAAGAUGUCAGAUUGAUCAAGAUGGAUAUAUCUGGGUCAAGCAUUAGGUACGUGCCAUUUCUCUAUUAAAGAUUUUUAAAUUCAUACCUUUUUUAAAUUUAAUACAGUUUUUUACCAAAUUUUCUGAACCAGCUUAGUAAAAUAAGUAAAACCAACUGCAGUUUCCUAACAUUCCACUAUUUCAGUGGUUGGCAAACUAAUUAUUCAAAAGAGCCAAAAAUCAUCAGCAGGACGAUUAAAAAAAUUUAAGAGCCAAAUUUCUUUUCAAGAACCUGUAAAAAACCAUUUUUUUUUUUUGGAUUUAAAAUCGAUUUGUGGCCAAAUGGCCGAGCAGCACUCAGGUUGAUAAAGAGCAAUUUGCCGACCACUGCACUAUUUCAUAAGAGUCAUUGGAACAUUUUAAAAGUUUAUGCUACUCGUAGAAACAAUGAGUUAAAUUGUUGAAUGGCUUCAUCUUACAAUAAUUUGUUUACAUAAUGUAAAAUUUUAUAGUGAGUAAAUUUUGCUUUAACUUUAGUCAUUGACAAGUAUAAAGCAUUCAAAAAUUUUUAGUUUAUAUUUUUUUAAUAUUCCUUAUUUUAGAAAAAAAAUUUAGUUUUUAUUUAAAUUUUAUUGUUAUGUAGCACAAUUUCCUGUGCGUGAACUUUCCUCGACCUCGUAGUACACUCCUAGCAGACAGUAAUGUCUGUUGUGGGCGUGGCUAAAUCUCUUUGAUGUAGCUUGUUUACAAUCGGCUUCCAAUUACGCAUUGGGUAGAAUGUCUCCGGGUAACUUCUCGAAUGUACUCCUUAACCCGAGAUAUGUAAACAACAUGUCAUAGGUCCUUCUGGAAGCGUCUUACGCUACAUGUAUAUAAGGGAUUGACAGAUACGAAGAGACGGAGAUUCAGAUAGAUUUUAUUAACUUUACGAGGCAUGUUUUAUUCUUUGUGUAUUUGUGUGCUCAUAUGUGUUUAUUUUGCAUUAUUUAUUGGCACAUUAUUCUAACUGUAUUAACUGUGUACCGGUACAAGAUCUACCAUACUGUAAGUUGAAGAUUGUCUUUAUAUUUCAUUUUCUUUUGUAAUUAUCUUAAGACUUAAUAAAUCUUAAUUAAUUGUAACUAGAAACUGUUUUGGGUGUCGUAUCUUUAAUAUUGUUGAUUCUAUGGUAUCGUCCUUUGUUAGGCACUGUUUGCAACGAGCCAAUUAAAAUUAAAAUAGGAGAUUAAUUUCUUCCAAUACAAGUCAGUGCGUAACACUUAUUAUAUACAAAACCUUUUUUUAUUAUUGUUUUUCACCUGUCAUUAAGAUAUAACCCAGGGGAUGUUGUCAUGGUGCAGCCACAAAAUAUGCCAGAAACUGUUGAGUCAUUACUUGAGACGUUGGGACAGGACCCGACAAAAACAUUUCUACUUGAAGAAAACGAUCCAGGUAUGGAGCCUUAAUUGACCCUCUAUUAAAAAACAGAUAAUUAAACUUCAUUAAUAAUUGCUCUCAUCCGUCAACAGAAUGUUAUUUUAACCUUUGAACAAGGAAAACUAUAUAGUUGCCCUCCCCCUUUUUUUUUUAAAGCAGGAAUAAAGAUUUUAUAACUUAAAUUUUAUUUUAAAAACAUCACCUAAAAGUGGUUACUUUUUUGAUGUAAUCAUUAAAACAAAAUUGGACAAAUUAAAAUAAAAUCAUAACGACUGAGAUUUAAAAAAAAAAUAUAUGAUGGACUGUAUCCAAGCUGUGUGAAGUUAAUACAUAGUGGAACAAGAUAUGUUAGGCUUGCAAGUAACUUCUGGUGACAACAAUGGAUAAUUCUUGAGUGGUUCAUCGUGCUCUGUUCUUUGAGAUAUCUUGAUUUUGCCUGUGUGCUGAAGAAGGCUCUAUGCCGAAACGUCCUAAUCUUUUUGUCCUGUUCUCUAUGUAGCCGAGUGGAUGACGUAUCUUACAGUUUAAAUGAAAUCACAAUAAAACCAUCAGGUCUGAGAACUAUAGCUUUUAAUGUAAAAGGUACAAUCCGUUGACAGAGCCGACAGGAAAAUCUCUCACACCUGCCAUCGACCCGACGCAUCCGUUCCACACCACAAUCUCCAAAAUGUACACACUUCAAGUCCCAGUUCGCCCCUCCUCCACACACACACAGUCACAGGGAACCCGCGUCCGAGAUGACCAUGGGUCAACCCCGGAGCAGGGAUGGUUAUUCCCGCGUGUAAAUAACCUACAUAAAAUUUAAGGCCUUUACACGGCUGAGUGUUACGUUGAAUGACCAUGGAUAAUGGAUGUGUACGUGCUUGGGGUUACCCAUAGCAGUCACACUAUGGCUUUGAGAGUGGAUUCUCUCUAAUUCAAGCUUCCACAUACCUCAUUGUGCUAUUUCAUUUACUAGGCUUGUAUGCAGUGCUUUAAUUAUAUAUAAAAAUAAAGUAGGCACAAUUAAACUGACACUUCAGCUAGAUGCCUUCUUGAGCAGACAAUACAAAACAAGAAAAACAGAUACUUUAAAUUAAAGAUAAAAAUAAAAACUUAAAAGUUUUUUGAAAAUCUCAAUAUUGUAAAAGUAUCUCAAAGUUUAGAACAGAGGUGAACACUUUUCUGUUUGAGCAUAAGCAUAUCUUGCUCCACUUUUUAUUUAGAAAAAAAAUAACCACAGAAUUUUUUUUUUAAAAAUGAAGUAAAAAUUUUUAAUUGAAUUUUCAUUCUUUAACUUAAGUUGAAUUUUAAAAUUGCCUCUCAGAUAUCCCACUUCCACCCAAUUUCCCCCGGCCCUGCACAGUGGGAUGGUUGCUGACCAACUACUUAGACUUCAACUCUGUUCCACGACGGUCAUUUUUUGAGCUGUUAAAAUACCAUGCCCAUGAUGAGCUGGAGCGAGAGAAGCUUGAGGAGUUUUGCUCUCCGCAGGGUCAAGAAGAACUGUACACAUAUUGUAACCGAGUGAAAAGAACCAUUCUGGAAGUAAGUGCAAACAUUCAACUUCAUUCAAACUAAGAUGCAGAUAAAACAUUCAACGUUAGCAUCAAGACCUUACAUUUUUAUUUUAACUCUUUUAUCUAUUUGACAAAUAACCCCUUUAUCACAUAUAUCACACUUUUUGUUUGCGCUGUCAUACAGCAUCCAUUGCUUGUUUUGUGAAAUAACUUGCCCCCAUACACCUGUAUGGUGUAUUUGAGGUAUCAUAUAUGAAAAUCACCAUAUUCCAUAUCUUUACAAAGGGAGUUGAAAAGUUUUGCAUUAACAGAAUGUGCAUUGCAAAGUCUGCAAUGAGAUUGAAAGAAAAGAAAGAAAAAAAAAAAAGGAAAGCCUACUGCUUGCGAUUACAUUAGAGUUGACAUUAGAUUUGAAAGGUGUAACGAACAUAGGGUGAUGAUGCUACAUGUAGUUAUUACUUAUAUUAUUUAUUCACAUUCACAGACAUCCAUGAUUAUCUAACAAAGCACGAUGGCCAGAACUCCAAGACUUAUUACAGACCUGUUUACCCUCAAACUCUUAAAAUCGUACAAAAUCAUCACAAAAUCUUUCAAUACAUUAUCUUAAUAGUAAAAAGAACAUGCAGUAUAUAUAAACCUGAAAAUCGUACAUUGUACGCCAAAAGCGUAAGAGUAAACAGGUCUGUUAUUAGCAUCACAACAUUUAUUAACUGAAUAAUGUACACUACAUGAAAUAAUACCUCUGUAAACUAGAGCAAAUAUAAUUGUAAUAACUUCUUCCACUUCUCAUUUGUUGAAUCAACAUUAAGAUGCUACUUUAUACAAAAACAAUCAUAGCAAGUGCAAAUAAAGAAAAAAAUACUCAAACAACCAUCCACCCAGGUACUUCAAAGUUAAUAUCUAAAUCAGACCUGUUUACUCUUACGAUUUUUGCGUACAGUGUAUGAUUUUGAGGUGUAUAAAUUAUAUAUACUGCACGUUUUAUUUUCUAUAAAGAGAAUGUAUUGAACGAUUAUGUGAUGAUACUGUACGAUUUUAAGAGUUUGAGGUAAACAGGUCUGCUAAAUAUUUGAUCUGUGACAAAAGGUUACAGAUAGUCAUGCUUUAGUGGUUUAACUUUUUAUCUCAACUUCAAUGAUAAUAGUAAUGAUCUACUUAUUUAGCUAGGGCUAUAAGUAUGUUUUCAUUUCUGAAGCAUGACGGGAUCCUUGCCAUACAGAGAAAUAUAUGAAAUUACCUCUGUCAUUAACAUGUUUAUUAAUUUUCCCCUCUCUAGUGAUACAUGUAUUGCAACAAUGACUGCAAGACACAAACUGUGUGUGUAGCAAGUGUGUUUAAGCUUUAAUACAACAGACCAUAUACAUUGUUCAAUGUUUUGGCUACAAACUGUCAUGAUUCAAAAUAACAAAAUGUGCAUCUGUGUAUUUAUUGAUGAUUGGCUCAUAACAAAAUAAAAUGUUUAGUCUUUGCAUAUGUUUUAUUUCAACUUCCAGAUUUUACAAGAUUUCUCAAAAGCAAGUGCAGCAAUUCCAUUUGAGUACUUGUUUGAUCUCAUACCACCACUCCAGCCAAGAGCUUUCUCCAUAGCAUCUUCACCAACUGUAAGGAUUUAGUAACACCUUGCAUUUAACUCAUUAUAAUUAUAUUAAUAAAUUAUACUUCAUAGUCUUCUGACAGAAAAAUAAGUUCAUAUACCUUGACCCCAAGCUCCCUUUUUUUUAAAAAUCCAAUUUUAGACUCAGCAUAAUAAACUUUUUAUUUUUUUUUAUUUUAUUUUUUUUUUACAUUAAAUGAAAAAUAACACAUUUAUGUUUAUGUUCAAGGUUUAGCUAAACUGAUUUGAUCUGUUAAUUCAAGAACUUAUUUUAUCUGUUCAUUCAAGACUUAUUUUAUCUGUUCAUUCAAGACUUAUUUUAUCUGUUCAUUCAGGAACUUUUUUUAUCUGCUCAUUCAAGAACUUAUUUUAUCUGUUCAUUCAGGAACUUAUUUUAACUGUUCAUUCAGGAACUUAUUUUAUCUGUUCAUUCAGGCCCACCCUGGUGAGCUUCAUGUGUUGAUGGCAGUGGUGAACUAUCGAACAAAACUCCACCUACCCAGGAGAGGUGUGUGUUCCACAUGGCUGUCCAGUUUAAGACCUGAAGAUGGACCCACAAGGAUUCCCAUUUGGGUGAAGCAUGGCACAAUUAAAUUCCCAGCUGAUUCGUCUUUGCCAUUAAUAAUGGUAGGCCCAGGUACACCAAUAAGAUUUGCUUAGCUAAAUAACCUUAUGCAUUUAAAAACUUUCUCUGGUGAUUAUUUGAAAUAGCUAAACUAUUUAUUCUCAUUCCGACACUUUCAUUAAAGUGGAUUCUCAAUCAAUGACUAUUGUCAAACAUACUUAAAACAUACUUAAAAUUUAAUUUUUGAAGUAAUAAGUGUUUGCUGAAGGUUGGGAAAUGAAGAAAUGGCAGUUGUGAAUUUAGUACCUAAAUUGCUGUUUUAUCAACCUAACAACAUAUAUUUUAGUCCUGAUAUUUCUCUUUUGGUGUCAGCAAUUAUAAAAUAGAGGAGAAGGUUUUUAUUAAUGAAAAAGCGUGAAUGGCAAUUGAAAAUUCUCACAAUAAUUUAUUUCAUAUUUAUAUGGCCUGUAGAUCAUGUCACAACUUAGUACAUAUUCUAUAAUUUAUUAAUUUAUUUAGGCAUUUUUUUAUAGCGCUUACCUUACAGAUCUAAGCGCUUUACUAUUAUUAAAAAUUUGUAAAGUAUUUAAACUGCCAUUACAAUAAACUAAUAAUUACAUUAGUAUGAUCAGUUUUCAUCUACACAGCUGGUUUUGGAUUUUAAACUUAUUUGUAAUAUUUUUAUUGUUGCUCUAGGAACUGGAUUGGCUCCAUUCAGGAGUGUUAUUCAUGAUAGAUGUGCAGCUAAUAUAAGUGGUAAGAUAUAUCUUGUUCUUCUUUAUUUUGAGGGCCCAUGAUCAAUGUGUUGUUCAUUCUGGCUCCGAUGUUUGAAGAAGUUUCUGUGCAUGGAUUUGAAGAGGAUACUUCACUGGUUGCAAGGGCUACUCAGCAAGGGUAUCAGGAACGGCGGUGGGGGGGUUAGAAGGCAGGAGUCAAUAGAUGCAAAUGUGUCAAGUGUUGUUGCCUCCAUUGGUCCUUUUGGAAGCUUGUUCCAGUCAUGAUUGUCUUUGGCAGGAAUGGACAGCUCCUGUACUGGGUUCUUGCUGUUUUGAGCCGAAACUGCCUGUCAUGGCCUCAUUGCUGUCUAGAUAAAAUUGGUUCCACUGAAUAACAGAUGUACAAAUUGAGUUCUUUUGGAUCUUUACUGACUUUAUGAGUUUUUUUCACACACAUUUUUUAAAAUUUAAGUCAUGUUUUGAUCCACCAUUGGGUAUGUGGACAAACAAUGCUCAGCAUUUUCAUGUUUUAAUUUCUACAGGCAAUGUGCUCUUUUUCGGCUGCCGCAGUAAACUUAAAGAUUAUUACUGUGCUGACGAAUUUGAAAAAUAUAAAGAAAGAGGACUUUUGAAAUUCUUCACAGCAUUUUCUAGAGACCAGGUGAGAUUUGAGUAUACAUGACUUAACUCAUUCCCUACAGCUGUGCUACUUCAUUAUAUUAAUCCAUAGCCCUGAACAAAGGAAGGUAUUCUGUUUUGCGUUUGACUUACAUUUAUACAUUUUUUUAGCCGCUAAAAAUUAAUUUUCACAUAUUUCAUCAAUAAACUAAUUAGGUUUAUGAAAAUUAUAUAAUUAAUGACGUAAAAAAAAUGAAUAACGACUAAAAUAUUUUUAUUUGGUCACCUUGAACAAACAUGUGGUAGAUAUAAAACACGCCUCACUAAACACACAAAGAUCAAAAGUGAAACAAAAUUAAAACUUAUGAUUUUCUUUAUUGAAAUCACAUCCUGUCUUUGUGGUGCGUGAUUUUGUUGCUAUAUUUAAAUAGCAAUGUGAGUGGUGUUUCAGGACGUGGCAAGAUGUAUUUGGACGUGAUUGCCAGGACUCGUAUUACUCACUUAAACGCAACCACAUUAAAUGAGCUAAUGAAAUAAUGAGCUACCAACUUGGAGCUGCCCAGGAUUUCAUUUCGGGCCAGUUCAUGAACCAAUCCCAUGAUAGGCCCCAAGACAAAACUAGGCCAUUAUGGACAGACAUGUUGUGCACAGUUUUACACGCACACACUUACUUUUAACUUUGCUUAUUGUGCUGGCAUCAACUUAGCGGGUGCAUGGGGCUCAUCAACCUUGGACAGCCACUCAUCUAAGAGAAGGCAAACUCUGAAAUCAAACCCGGAGAUGGUGUCCCAAAGGUGAUAUUACAUUGUCAAAGAUGAAAAGUCCGACACCUCCUGCGACGCGGAAAGCUUAAAGAGCACAGUGAGACGCAAGAAGCACUGCAUGUCAUCUCCUGCAUCCUGGUCUACUUUCAUUCACCUUGACUGAGUCUUGCCAUUGGAGUGAACAAUAAGGACAAGAGAGUGAGGCUGGCGAAUUAAGCAACUCUCCCUCACUUUAAACUAAACACACUUCAAGUCAAGGCUUCGACUCAAGUCCAAGCCCUGGUCUUCUGCGCAUACAAAGGACAAACUAUAUGUAUAAGUAAGAGGCAAUAAACCUGGUUUGUUCUUGGUAGAUAAACUGAUGAGACGGCAUCACCUUCAGAUUUAAAGAACUUCACCUGCUCAUGAGUGAGCUCUACAAUAAAAGUACAAGAUCCCUGACACUUAGCUACAGGGGGAUGAGAACCACUAAAACUAAAUGUGGGCAUGUUUAUAAAUUUACAUUUUUUUUCCUAAUAAAUAAAAUGUACAACUGAAUAAUGGAAGGGCCAUUCUUUUCAGACAGUCUUUUAUUUCAUUCACAGGAAGAAAAAGUCUAUGUGCAGCAUAAAAUACUAGAAGAAGGGGAGAUGAUCUUCCAUAAAAUCAGCAAUGAGAAUGCUUCAUUUUACAUUGCUGGGUGAGUUACUUAUCUGCUAACAUAUUGUAUACAGUUUUAAAAAAUAUAAAAAUAUAUAACAUUGAGCUUCUUUUGAAACAGAUCCAUAAUAAUUUUACAUGUGUGGAUGAAUAGUAAAUUUAUGAAUGAACAUUUUAUAAAAUUAGCUUCAUGCUCCAUGAUUUGACUUGGAAAAGAAUAAAGUGUCAAAGCUUUGCUUUUUACAUUUCUAUUUAUAUAAAUGCUCAAAUAAAAAAAUUAAUUACCUACAUUCAAAGGAAUGCCAAGUCAAUGCCUGAUGAUGUGAAAGGAGCGCUAAUUGAGGUCAUCAGUAGAUACGGCAACAUGACAUCAGGGGAGGCCACUCAGUACGUCCAUGACCUGGAGAGGCAAAGAAGAUUCCAAGUGGAGGCCUGGUCUUAAAUGUGCAUUAGAAAACGCACCGGUCACUUAUGAUGAAAACUGUCUGUAUUUACAGCUGAAUAGUCAAUACGAUUGUCUCUGAGCGGCUCAGUGUUGACAGGUCGGGUCUCAGUUCUCGGAAGCUAUUUUUUGGGCUCAUUUGUCCCAAAGUUUGCCAAACAAGUUUUUUGCAGGAGGUACCUCCAUAAAAAUCAUCAUCAAAUGUAUUUAUUUAUUUAUGCAAUGUUUUCAAUUUAUGAUAUAUAUAUAUAAAUAUAGUACCGUACCAAGUAAAAUAAACACACUCUUCACUUACUUCCACUCAGUUUUAUUGUGUAAUAAAUAGCCCGUUAAUUUUGUUGUUAUUGAUAUCAAAAAAGUAAUAUAACAUCAUUAAAAGGAAACACAGAUGUUGUGUAUGAACUGCACAUACUGUAAUUGGGUCAUGCACAUUACAUCAAGGCUAGUUCAUGCUUAGGGCACUGAUAAUGUCUGCUGUACAGCUGCUGACCAGCUGCUGACUUCUUCAUGUAGAUCCAGGCCUUACAAAAUGAGAAGAACCACACCUGACAAGACUUUAAAAUUUUUUUUUUCAAAAUGAUUAAAAUUUGACCUGUGUUGUUUUGAUAUGUCAGUGUUGACUGUAAACAAAAGAUAACAUCAAUGACCAGGGCAUGAUUAUUUAAUGUCCUUGCUGAGAUAAGGUCAAGUUUUCUUUAAAAUAAAUUAAUAAAUUUUAAUCAUUUUUUUUACUUAAAGCAGCAGGUGAAUGUAUGGGUGGUAAAAUUAUGUUUAGUUAAUUUAUUACAUAUUGAAUGAGUGAGUUUAAUGUGGAAAAUAUUUUGUUUUCAAGAGAUG